GAAUCGUAGCUCGUAGUCAUUUGUAAUAAAAGUUCGACCUUUUAAAAAACUGAUUAUGUAUGACUUAAAGUUGCUUAAAUGGAGAAAACGCUAUUUCCACACAGAAAAUGCAGUAACAGGUUCUUGUGGAAGGACAUGAUUAAACUACGUAUCCCACAGUGCUUUGUCGUAAACUGGCGGGCCGUUGUCGUUAAGUCACUGAAUUGCCGUACAUCGCGUUAUGGUAGUAGCAAACAAAGUUGAAUGCAUCGUUAUAAAUCUAGCCAGCUUGGAAAAUUUAGUUAAUAGAAGGUAUAUUUGACAGCUUUCUUAUUUUUAUAUUCGAGAUUUAUCAAGUAAUGUAUAAUUUAGUUAUUUAUCUAUAAAUAAAUUAAGUUUGGAAUUCAUUGAGGAUUAUUAUGCGUUGUUACUGUAGCUAACGUUAGCUAGCUAGCUACUAGUUUCAGGUUGUAACGUUAGAGUGGGGAGUUAGGAUGAGGAGUUAACUAACUAGCAACUGGAAGAUAAGUGAAUGUUUCUGCAGUUUGGCGCUAUAACAACAACAAUGACCCUGGCACCAAAGGAGUUGUCCAAUCUGUUGGGCAUAAUCUCCGAAGAUGCCUGUGCUAACACAUUCGAGAGUCUGUCAACUGCCUUCCAUCACUUCUUUGGGAAAGCAGAACAUUUUCGCGUUGGUUCAGUUCUGGUGAUGCUGCUACAACAACCGGACCUCCUCGCAGUACUGCCCAGUUCGCCGCAACGACUCACGGCUCUGUACCUACUAUGGGAAAUGUACCGCACAGAGCCGCUCGCCGCCAAUCCAUUUGCCGCGGUCUUUGCCCACCUUUUAAAUCCCUCACCGGUUGGGGAAGAGCAAGAGAAACCACUGUCUGGUUUUCUCCCACCCAUAACACAGCAGGAGAAGUUCUUCCUGUCUCAGCUCAUGCUGGCGCCUCCCAAGGAGCUGUUUAAGAAGACGCCGCGGCAGGUAUCCUGCAUGGACGUAGGAAACAUGCCACAAUCCAUAGACAUAAGUGGGCUUCAGCUAGCACUAGCAGAGCGACAGUCAGAGUUACCCACUCAAAGUAAGGCAAGUUUUCCCAGCAUCCUUAACGAUCCUGACCCAGAUUCAUCCAAUUCAGGAUUCGACAGCUCUGUAGCAAAUCAGAUCACAGAGGCCUUGGUCACUGGGCCACGCCCACCCCUGGAGAGUCACUUCCGGCCUGAGUUCAUCCGGCCACCGCCACCUCUGCACGUGUGUGAGGACGAGCUGUCAUGGCUGAACCCCUCGGAGCCCGACCACUGCGUGCAGUGGGACCGCUCCAUGUGUGUGAGGAACAGCACUGGCGUGGAGAUCAAGCGCAUCAUGUCCAAGGCCUUCAAAAGCCCCCUCUCUGCACAGCAGCAGUCACAGCUCCUGGGAGAGCUGGAUAAAGAGCCGAAGCUGGUGUACCACAUCGGCCUGUCCCCGGCCAAGCUGCCCGACCUGGUGGAGAACAAUCCGCUGGUGGCCAUCGAGAUGCUGCUGAAGCUGAUGCAGUCCAGUCAGAUCACAGAGUACUUCUCCGUGCUGGUCAACAUGGACAUGUCCCUGCACUCCAUGGAGGUGGUCAACAGAUUGACUACAGCAGUUGACCUUCCACCAGAAUUCAUUCAUUUGUACAUCUCCAACUGUAUUUCAACCUGCGAGCAAAUCAAAGACAAGUACAUGCAGAACCGGUUGGUUCGGCUGGUCUGCGUGUUCCUGCAGUCUCUGAUCCGAAACAAGAUCAUCAACGUGCAGGACCUGUUCAUCGAGGUGCAGGCCUUCUGCAUCGAGUUCAGCCGCAUCCGUGAAGCGGCGGGGCUGUUCCGGCUCCUCAAAACCCUGGACACGGGGGAGAACCCCGCAGAGGCCAAACCCACCAAAUAACCCCCACCUUUGGACAGACCACAGUGUAAUACCCACGUCUUUUCGGUUAUGAGUUACAUUUUUGUUUUUGUAUAAAAAUAAACCCUGAAAUUAA